CGGAAGUCGCCGCCAGAGUUUAGCGAACGGUCGCCGUUGCGGCGGGAGGGGGGGGCUGCGUUCGCUUCCCGAGGCGGCUGAGGUCCGCGGAUGGUGCAGAGAAGCCGCCUUAACGAGGGCCCUGCUCCUCACGCCGUGUCGGGCCUUCUCCGCCCCACCGGCGAGCCGCUUACCUGACUCGGCCUAAGAGCAAGAUGGCUCACAGCCAGACUAAGAAACGCAGGAGGAGUCGAAGUGAUUCCCGGAGUCGAAGUGAUUCUCGGAGCCGACGAGACAAGGAGGAAGAUAAGAAAAGGAGGAAGAGCAGCAAAGAUCCCCGAGAGAGGAGGAGCCGAUCCCCGGCAAGCAAAAAAGAAUCUGAACCCCAGGAAUUCAGGAUGAGUUUAUCCUCUUCCAAAGACGUGAAAAAGAAGAAGAAAACGAAGAAGAAAAGGAAGAGGAAGGACAGCAGCUCCUCUUCCUCCGAGACCAGCUCUUCUUCCUCCUCCUCUUCCAAAUCGGCCUCCUCUUCCAGCGCCUCUUCAGACGGGUCCGGCGACGACAAGCCCAAAUCCGAAAAGAAAAAGCAGAGGAGGAAGAAAGCAUCCAAAGGGAAAGAUAAGAAGCGGAGAAAACGAAAAGAGAAAAAGAAGAAGAAGAAAGCCAAGAAGGAAAAGGGAAAAGAGGAGGGAGCUAAGAAGGAGGAAGCCCCCGGCCCUUCGCUGGACCAGUGGCAGAAGGAGGCUGGGUCGGAUUCCGGACCUGCCCUCACGGACGAGCAGAAAUUCCGCAUCCAGGCCAUGAAGCCGAUGACGAAAGAGGAAUGGGACGCCCGCCAGAGCGUUAUACGGAAAGUCCUCGACCCCGAAACAGGCCGAAUGAGACUUAUUAAGGGCGACGGAGAGAUCUUGGAGGAGAUCGUCACGAAAGACCGGCAUAAAGAAAUAAACAAGCAAGCUAAUCGGGGCGAUGGACUUUCGUUCCAGAUGAAAAUGGGGAUGUUGCAGUAACGGAACAGACCCCGAAAUGGCAAAGAUGAUCCGGUGGCUGUUUGCAAAGGUUUUGCCCCAACGAGGCAUGUCCAGGUGCCAGAAGGCAGGCCCAGGCCACGGUGCCCAAGCCUUUGGGGGGGCCCUCUCCCCCUCCCUUUCUGCCCCAAGGGCUCCUUGAUUUCCCCAGGGGUCGGUCUCUUCAGCUUCUCAUCCAGUUGAGGUUAGGGAAUGUAAUUCCACCAGGUUCUUCUUGUGGGGGGGAAAGAGAGAGAGAGAGAGGAUGCAGGAGAAGAAGAAAAAAACCCAACAAAUUCAGGGCUGUUUUUGAUGGGGGCGCUUUCCAAGGGAUUUCUUGCAGCUAGAUUUCUUGCAGCUCAUGAUCUCCCUCGUCCGUAAUUUUGGGGAUCUGGGAGGGAAGGCCUACGGGGUCUCCUUCAAUCCACCUGGCAUUGCGCCACUCCCCCUCCCCCCUCCCCAACCCCCCAGCAAGGAGGCCCAAGAGCUUCAGGGGAAUCUGGAAUGAGACCACCUGGCCCAAUUCUCCGGCUGCCUCAGUUCCUUCUCCUUCCAGGCACAGGUGAUUCACCUCGCCUUUGAAGGGUACAGUGGCUUCCCGGCCAGUCGGGGGAAGAUUAAAGAGCCGUUUUGGGGUUUCCAGAGGGGCCGAUUCUGGAUUUGGGAGAAAGUUGGUCCUCCCAGUUGGUUGGACCCCAAAGAAUGCCUGGAAGGUUGCCAGCUGCUCAGUCCCGCUAGUGAGAAAGGCAAAAGAUGGCAUUGUAAGCUUGUUAAGAAGAGGUCUGGCAAAACCUACCGUCUCUGCCUGGGCUGUUCGUUUAAUUCUGCAUUGGUUGCUGCAGGUUUUAAUUUUAAAUUCUCUCCUUCUCCUUCCAUCCUUCUCCUCUUUCUCUUCUUCCUAUGCUCCUCCUCCUUUUCCUUCCAUCCUUUUCUUCCUUCCACCCUUCUUUCUCCUCUCCCUUUCAUUCUUUUCUUCCUUUUCUUCUUCUCUUCCUUCCAUCAUCUUCUUUCCUUCUAUUCUUAUCCUUUCUCCUUCUCUUCCUUCCCUUCUUCUCCUUCCAUCUUUCUCCUUUUCCUUUUCUUCUUUUCUCUUUCCUUCUUUUUUGUCCUCCAUCCUCCUUUUCCUGCUCUUUCUCUCCUUCCAUCCAUCUCCUCCUCCUCUUCUGGCCAGAGAGCAUUCACAGUCAAUCAUUCAUUCUUGGGUAGCCACUUUGUGCAAUUUGCACAUAACCUUCCUUACGGGCAAAAGAUUUCCCCCUUCUUUCCAAUCCCUCCCGCUUUCAAUCUUGCCUGGCCUGAUCGCCCUACCAGUACAAAACUGGGUUACGCACAGGCCCAGCGGAACUACGCACCGGCCAGUUCGUAGCCUCCUCUGGCAAUCAAACAGCUGCUCAGCUACCUUGUGUAAACUCUGUUCCCCAUUGCAAGCAGUUAAUUAUUAAUCCGUUCUUGGAACAGGCCACGCAAUUUACCCCAGAGGGAAAUCAAACAGAAGCACGCGAGAGAAAAUACGGUAGUCGGCAUGUGUUUAAAAUUCUGCAGGGCAUUCCAUCCUGCAGAGGAAAUCGUGCUGGUUUCCAAAGCACCACUAAAGGCAAAUUUAAUAUUCUUCCUUUGAAAUUCGCCAAAUGAAGCUGUUCUUAUUUAAUUAUUUUUUUGUUGUUAAUUUGGCUGGAUUGUAUGUACCCUUUGCAUGCAUCGUUCUCUUUUUCAAAACUGUAAGCUCUUAAAAAGAAGAAUUCAGACUGUCCAAGGCAAUCAAUAUUAUGUCAUCUGUCCAACUGGAAAAUGCUUGUACAGGGUGCUGAGGUAGCUAAUUUAACUAAUUAAAGCCGUCUCCUAAACCACCUUAGUCGGCCGAUGGCAUGCCUCCGUUCAGUUAGAGGAGGAGCGCUUGCUCUGUAGUGGGUGUGAUUUCCAGACUGUUCUGGCACGUUUAAAUUCUGGAUAAGGAUGAGCUACUAUCAGAUGAUACACCGGAAGAAGGGAUGGCUUCCCAAAUUAAGAAAGGCCUGCCACCAACACCCGUGAAAUUAUUUUAUCCACGAAUAAUAAUAAAAAAAAUCACUCAAGAACCAAGUUGUUAGCCUGCUUUCCGGCUUGGCCUCAGUGGUUUAGCAGGAGCUAUAAACAGGCCACCUUCUCUCUCUGCAUCCUUAACCAAUACCCAAAGUUUCCAAGAUACUGUAACUGAGUUAAUCCCUUGGUUUGAAACCCACCCUGAUUACUUUUGCCUGGUGAAGAAAAAGUUAUGCAGGAGGCUAUAUUUGAAAAAAAUAAAUAAAUAUCGAGGGAAUUGCCAGGGAAAGUUGAACCCAACGAAGCCCAACCGAAGGAAAUGGACACGGGUUAAAAUAGGCCCCAUGGGGCAAUUUGUGAUGUGGUUCCGGGCAUGCCUUUGUGCAAAGAAACGAAGACGGUGAGCAAACCUUCCCAGUUCCUUUAAUUAGAGGUUCACAUACAACUGGUAGCUGGAUACAAAGCACACUCAGGUGGCAAGAGAGAAGAUGGCAGUCACGUACGACAACAGCAAGGCGCCUGACAGUAUCAUGCACACAGAAACAUAGGAACAUAACGAAACAAAACAAAAAAAGAUGGAACAGGCUAAGCCAGACCCUCCAAACGUCCAAACUGAGCAUUUCCACCUGCAAUAAUUUUAUCCCCCUCCCGACUGUAUCCUUAAAAGUGAAGAUUUUUCCAUUUCUGGUGCCAACAGGACACAUUUAAAGAUGACAUUAGGACAG